CACACACACACACACACACAAACACGUACGUGAGGGGUUCUGAAGGAGAUACAACAUACAACGUUGGUUCCACCUACUCCACCGAGUCCAUCAGAGCCACUCCAGUCCCCAGACUUUGGAUCUCAGGGAUCGGACGAAGGACUGACCUGCUUGGACCGAGUGUAGUGUCGUGUGAAGAGAGACAGAGAGAGAGAAAGAGAGAGAGAAGGGGGGUGAUUUGUGUGCGCCGACUGCUUGGCUAGAGCCUCACUCAAGUGGCCUUCCCCCAAGGCUGGGGGCGCCAUUCCUGAUUGUUGUUGUCGUCGCGAGGAGACACUUGAAGAGGCCGGUGAAGCAGCAGCAGCAGCAGCUGCGCGGAUGCCGCUCAUCGUCCCCUGGAAGACCGAUUGUGUGGUUUCCUCAUUCACACACGGCGAGAGCAAAGAACCGCUCGCCGGGAUUAUAGUGAACUGAAAGAAAAGCGACAGACGAUGUUGAUUUACGGCUUGAGUGCUCUUUCGACUGACGGUGGCGAGGAAUCCAGCAACAGGCUUUGUGUUUGAGGAUGAUUUUAGUGGCUCUUCGGGAAACUUGUGUUUUGAGGCGCCUGCGUGCGUGAUUUAUUAUUUAACACGUGCAUUUAACACAUUUUAUCUUUGGUUCGGACGGUCCAGCAUCACUACUGUUGAACUCUGAGCGUGCCUGUCCCCUGGUGCGGUGCCUGAGUUCGGUAUCAGGUGUUACCAGCGCGGUGAGCUGUCCCCUUUGGUAAGACUACACCGCAGCUGGACCAGAGCGUGGCAGGUGACCACAGGCUGUGAUGGGCUGGCGGAAGGUUCUGGAGCUCCCCGGUUCAGUGACGCAAACGGCAAAAGAAUAAUUUCAGCUGCAAACCCCAGCGGGCCUAGGGUAAACCACGAAGACGCCUCGACCGGACCGAUCCAGCGGGGACUGGUGCUGGACUGCGGCGGAACCGCUAUCGCCUGAUCAAUAAUUAACUACAAUCAAUAAUUCACUUCUGCGUUAUUGUACAAUCCGUCUCAACUGUUUUGAGGGGAACGGGGAAAGUGGGCGAGAGACCCCAGCCUCCAGAGGGAGAGGGGGUGGUGCUAAAAGAAGACAAGAGGAUUAAGACCUGUGGAGAGAAGAGCGGCGAUACAAAGGGAAAGUACAGAAUAGGAACACUGACCUCACAUUGCUGACCCCCCCCCCCUGAUGUAAAUACUACAGGGAAAGGUCAGCGCUGAAAACAACGCUAGAGCGGGUUGUAGUCUGGAAGAACUACAGCUUUAGACCACCGGGAACGGCAGACUACUGUGCUCAAAGGUAAUCAGGAGAGAACCCCCGAACCCCCGACCCUUAACAGCAGAAGAGGCGGAGCCGCGACCGUAGAGCGCGUGUCAAAGGUCAAAGUGCCUCCACCGGCCCCAGAGAGAGAAGGAGGGCCCUGCUCCAUCAUGGUGAACACGGGCAUGCAGCUGAUCAGCUUCACCUGUGCCGUGACCGGCUGGAUCAUGGCCAUCGCCGUGACGACGCUGCCCCAGUGGAAGGUGUCGGCCUUCAUCGCCAGCAACAUCCUCACCUCCGAGGUGAAGUGGGAGGGCAUCUGGAUGAACUGCGUGUACCAGACCACGGGCCACAUGCAGUGCAAGACCUACGACUCCAUGCUGGCGCUGCCGCCCGACAUCCAGGCGGCGCGGGCCCUCAUGUGCGUGGCCAUCUUCAUGGGCUGGCUCUCCUGCACCGUGUCCUGCUGCGGCAUGAAGUGCACCACCUGCGCCGGCGACGACCGCCGCGCCAAGGCCGGCAUCGCCCUCUCCGGCGGCGUGCUGUUCAUCGUCACGGGCCUGUGCGUGCUGGUGCCCGUGUCCUGGAUCGCCAACACGGUGAUCCAGGACUUCUACAACCCGGCCGUGCCCACCAUGCACAAGCGGGAGCUGGGCCAGGCCAUCUACCUGGGCUGGGCCUCCGCCGUGCUGCUGAUGGUCAGCGGCGCCGUGCUGAGCUUCACGUGUCCGCACGCGGAGGAGAGCGUGGGCUACCGCCGCGGCGGCUACAUGGGGCGGAGCUUCGCCAACACGCCCGCCAUGGCGCCGGAGCCCCCGAAGCCCAUCGUCAACAACUACAGCCUGCCGAUGAAGGAGUACGUCUAGACGCUUUGGGGACUA